AUGCAGAAGGGCGCAGCAAAGUUGCGAGCCGGAAAGUGCGACCGGGGUCAGGCAGCUAGCGCGCGCCCUUUACUGACGGCUUGCAACCUGCCCGCCAGGCCCACCCGCGGGUAUCAGGACCCGCUCUACAACAUCUCGACAUGCAGUAUACCGCCAUCAUCAUGCUGUUCGGUUUCGACAGAUCCUCUUCGUCCUUCUGGCGCAUUUCUCAGUUCGGUGUUAUCGUCAAGCCACCAUGGAACACCCUCUGCUGAUUGGCAUCUUGCCAUUCCCUUUUCUGGCGCCCAAAACAGCCGCCCUCUGCUCGACACGUCUUCCCUCCUGUCCACUCCCUCGUCGGCCGCCUUGACAGGCGACUUCCCACCAGACGCUUCUCUUUACGCUACCCCCAACUGGAACCUCCUCCCUGUCUCUAACUCUCCGUACCUCGGCCAUGGUGCGCAAUCAUAUUCUGGCGGUCCCGAUUCACUUUGCACUACUGGAAACAUGAUGAAUACUCUUGCAAUGCCAGAGAGCCUGGACAUGUCCAGCUCGACUAACACGCCAGCGCAGAUGACGAGAGACGGCUCUCAAUCUGGCGCUUCUUCGACAAGCCACAAGAACCGGAGCUCAUCGUCUCCAGAACGCACGUCGGGCUCUAAAUUGCCGUCUGUCAAAAGCAGCCCUCCUGGUCAAGAGUCGUCCUCGCGUAUCGAGAAGCGAAGAGCCAACACGCUUGCUGCCCGCCGCUACCGCCAGAAGCGGGUCGAUCAAAUGAGUACCCUCGAAGCCGAGCUCAAGGAGAUCAAGGCGGAACGGGACGAACUCAAAGUGCGCAACGCUAGACUUGAAGGCGAGGUUGAGACACUCCGUGCUCUUCUUCGUUCGCAGCAGUAA